GACUUAGAACACAACAGUAAAUUAAGGAAUCUAAAUAAGAAAUUAGCAAUCAAUCAUUGUUGACUGAAAUGUUCAAAGAGUCAUGGCUGCAAAAAUCUCGGAGGACAAAUUUGAGGACCUAAAUUGUUCAAUUUGUCUGGAAAUCUUUGAUGACCCAACCCUUUUGGGGUGUGGUCACACAUUCUGCAGAAAAUGUUUGGGGAAAUAUGACAAGUGGCGUAAAGCUUAUAAUGACAUGGAGUGUCCAAUUUGUAAGCAGCUGACUGAACUAGACAAGAAUAGGGUGCAGAGUCUUCCAGCAAACGUUUCUCUUAGAGGAAUUGUAGAUGAGCUAAAGGACAAACAAGAACGAGAGCAGCAAAUCAAAGGCGUGACUCAAAUAUGUACCAUACAUUGUGAAGAUGAACAGUAUUUUUGUGAUGACUGUAGUAAAACAAUGUGUUCAUUCUGCCUUGGGACAGGUGAACACCGUGAACAUGCAAUACGAAAGAAAGAAGACAUUGUAAAUGAGGCCAGGGAACGGGAAACCAAGCUGUCUGCCAGAUGCAAAGAAACGAAGGCGAACAUUCUUAGGGAAAUCGACAUUUGCGAAGAACAUCGACUAGAACUUAACACGUCUUUGACGAGGGUUAAUAGGGAAAUAAGUGACGCUUUUGACACGAAAACAGUGCAUCUGCCAUUGGAAAAGAAGACAAGACUCUUGGCACAAGCACUGUCCCUUCACAGCCUUCAAGACAAGAAGCUAAACGUCGACGUUGCCAAACACAAGAAGGCCAUUAGAGAUAUCGAUGCACUCCUUUCACAACUAAACCAAUGUUUUAAAAGGCUACAUAACGGUUCUAUGAUAGCUGCUCACGUUGCCAUCUCAGCUGAAUUGGAAGAUUUACUAAUGAAAGAAGAAAACCUCCAGGACACUUCUGAAGCAAAUGAGGAAACCCUAAAACGUUUGCAAUUUGUCCCCGCCAGCGACAGCAUCCCUGCACUAGGUACGGUGCGAUUGAGAAGAGAAAAAAGAUAUCUGCAACAGAGAUUUUCUGACGAAAGUCAAACGAUGCAGCGCUUAUCCGAUAUCGCUGAGAACAAUUCUUCGGUCGGCAAAAAAUUCUCAUUGACAAUCAUAAGGAUGAUAUCUCUAUCUGGAUCUAUUCAAGGUAUAACGCGGAUGUCCAAAGACACUGUCUUGGUGGUGUAUGGUUCAUCCAAACCUGGUUCUGAUCGUGUCUGUGUUUCCGGUAAGGUAGAUCAACAUCUUCCAGCUGAUGUAGGCGAAGUCUGUAGUAUUGCUUCACUCACUGACAAUAGAUCAGUUGUGUCCCAACAAAGUCACACUGUACGAAUCUUCAACCCCAACGGCUCACCCACAGGUGUCAAAUACACAUGUAAGAGUGGCAGUUAUUUCCUUCGUACUUGCAGCGACCAAGUCGACAAUAUCUACGCUGUCAACGGCAACCAAGAGAUUUACAUCUACGGCGGCGAGGACCCAAAUCGUGAACAACAGGUCAUACCUAUCACACACACACGAGACUUUAAACCAGAACAGAUAUGCGUGAUGAAGAAUGGGGUCAUGAUUGUCACCACCCGUGGUAGCAAACCUGGUGCCAUCACUUUCCUGGAUCAGAAUGGUCACGUGAUUAGAUCGAUAACCGCUAGCCAUACACAUGAACACCUGUACACAGCAGUAGAUACCAUGGACAGGGUAUUUGUUGCAGGUGUGCGACUGAACUCCAACUGCCUCACACUUUCUAUGUACGAACUUUGGGACAAGACACUCAAUAGGCUAAUGAAUCCUACAGACAUUUCUCUAUCUCAUACCAUAGGGAAUAUGUCUACAUGUUCCCUUCAAUGCUUAACACCAAGUUUGCUAGCAUUUUCAAGACAGAAACAGCUUUAUUUUAUUGAAGUAACAUUGUAAGCUGAUAAUCUGUAGUAGAUGACCCCCGGGGGAGG